AUGGUGGCCCAAGAUACCCCAGAGAUCAAGAGCAAGAGAGAUCAAGAGCUAGCUCGACAGUGGCUAACCAAGGGAGGGAUAUUCCAUGAGGAUUCCGAUGAUGAGCUGGGAUCUGAAGACCUUCCUUGGGAAUGGAUCUAUGAAGAACCGCAGCCUUCCCCGGCUAAGCCCUCGAAACGAAAGAAAUCAGGACCCAAGAUUAUAGGAGCGCGAAUGGGCUCCUUCGAAUGCAGACUUGGCCACAUUGUUCUUUUGAAAUCCCCUGAGGCCGGCAAGGACUGGGCGGGGAUUAUAUACGAGUUUUUGGACGACCCGGAUCCUGACAGCGGCGAGAUUGUCAAGUCUAUGAAUCUAAUGUGGUUUACGUCUCCUGACGAAUUUUUGUCAACAAAGAACAAGAAAAGACCCGAUGCCUUGCCCAAUGAACAAUAUAUAACUACAGACUUCAACAUCAACCCCCUAGCGUCAAUAAAUGGGCGAGCCAUUGUGAUGUCUAAAGAUGCAUUUUACAAGAAAUACCCUGAUGGAAAGGCACCCAAGGGCAAGACCGCAGCAGCCGAGUUUAACAAGUGUAUUAUAUGUCGAAGGGGGGUCAAACAGCUCCAAGGAAGGUACACAGACGAGUUUAUAUGGGAAGAUAUUUAUACAGAAUCCGAAGACGGCGUCUUUGAACUUGUAGAGUUCAUCAGGGACGCCAUCUCCAAAGUCAGGAAACGAGCUGCAAAGGGAACUAGUUCAGCAAAAGAAAAGCAAGAUGAAUAUGCUCCCUCAACUCCCAGAAAGCGCCAGAAGACAGAAUCCAUAGCUGGCACUCCGCAAUCCAGGCAACGCCAGAAAUAUCUAACAACCCCAACACAUAAAAGAAUUAAAGUGAAACGACCGCUUGAAUUUACACCCUUAUCAACUCGCACUCUUUCUCCCUCACAUUUCACGGCUUCUCCUUAUCGACAAGCUCGUAACCUGCUUCAUGUUUCUAGUGUUCCAACUUCACUUCCUUGCCGUGAUGCAGAGUUCAACGCUGUUUACGACAGCCUUCAUACAGCUAUUAGUGACGGUACGGGGACCUGUAUAUACAUAUCGGGGCCACCUGGGACCGGAAAAACUGCCACAGUCCGAGAUGUUAUUGCCCAUUUAAACACAAGAGUGUUGGACGAAGAAAUGGAUGACUUCAUCUUUGUGGAAAUCAACGGUAUGAAAGUCACAGAUCCACACCAGUCAUAUUCUAUGCUGUGGGAAGCGCUGAAGGGUGACCGCAUCUCGCCUUCACAUGCACUGGAUUUACUUUCGCGAGAAUUCUCUCGUCCUUCGCCUCGUCGGGUUCCCUGUGUUGUUUUGAUGGAUGAACUAGACCAACUAGUUACUAAGAACCAGUCCGUCAUGUAUAACUUCUUCAAUUGGCCUGCCCUGCGGCAUUCUAGACUUGUGGUCCUUGCAGUUGCCAAUACUAUGGAUCUUCCAGAGCGAACUCUGAGCAAUAAAAUAUCUAGCCGGCUGGGCCUUACUAGAAUUACAUUUUCAGGGUACAAAUACCAAGAGCUCAUGGAAAUCAUUAGCUCAAGGCUUGAGAGUGUCCCCGGCAAUAUUGUCCAUGCAGAUGCAGUGCAAUUUGCAAGCCGAAAAGUUGCUGCUGUCAGCGGUGAUGCCCGUCGCGCUCUCGAUAUCUGUCGUCGAGCCGUUGAGAUAGCAGAACAAAUUAGUGAGGCGAAAGCAAGAGAGAAGCACAAGUCAUUUAUUGCUUCAUCAGCAAACUUGAAUGGUGAUACAGAUCUCGAGUUUUUACCCCCAACACCCAGCAAGAGCGCAUCUCGACGCAAAGCCGCGGCCAUCUUAGCCUCUCCCCAGAAGGAAAACAAUAAAGGCGCAGACGACACAGAUGAGGACACCCUUCCACGAGUUACAAUCGCUACUAUUAAGCAAGCGAUUCAAGAAGCCACAUCUACUCCUCUCCAACAAGCUCUUCGGUGUCUGCCUCUUGCAUCAAAGGUCCUUCUUGCAGGGUUGUUGGCAAGGAUUCGACGAACGGGACUAAACGAAUCUACUGUUGGUGAUAUACUCGAUGAAGCCAAGCGUAUAUCUGAUGCAGCAACUAGUGUAUCUGCUUCUUCCGGUGCUAAACUCAAGGAAAGGCUGAUUUACAGUUCACGGAUACAAGGCAUGGGAUUUGCGACGGUUGAUUUAAUCGAUGCUGGACUUGUUGUCCUAGAAGGGGACCAUGGUACGAAGUCAGGAGAUGGCAUGAGCCAUGCCUUGGGAAAAGGGAACAGGAGUAGUAAGGUUCGGCUACGGAUUGCGGCAGAGGAUGCGAGGGCAGCAUUUAGGGAUGAUCCGGAAGGGAAUAUGUUAGGUUUAGGUGUUGAAGGAUAG